AUGAAUAAGAGGAUUCUUACUCCGAUGAAGAGGAGACUAGAAGUUAACAAUGCAGCAGGGAUUGGGGUGGUUAGGAAUUUUCAUUCCAUAAUUGUUAAAGCGGGGGGAUAUGAGGCAUUAACGUUUGAUAAACGAGUUGAAAGAAAUUAUAUUCAGAAUGCCAGAAGUUUGAGACUUGGGGUAGGAGACGCAAAAUCAAUUACACUUUAUUUUCAUAAAAUACAACAACAAAAUUCGAACUUCUAUUCGGCAAUUGACCUUGAUGAAGAUGAUCACAUGCGAAACUUGUUUUGGGCGGACGUAAGGAGUAAGGUGACUUAUAAAGCUUUUAGGGAUGUUAUCUCCUUUGACACAACCUACUUGACAAACAAUUAUGAUAUGCCGUUUACUCCGUUUGUUGGAGUUAAUCACCAUCGACAAUCAAUUUUGUUUGGUUGUGGGAUGUUAUGCAAUGACAACACUGAGACAUUUGUUUGGCUAUUCAAAGAAUGGUUAAGUUGCAUGUCAGAGGCUCCCCCAAAAGCUAUAAUAACUGACUAG